GCUGCUAUAACCAGCAGUAGGCUGAGUAUGGAACACCGUGCAGGUUAAUAAUAGCUACUGUUGAGGCUAGCUGCAUCCGACACUUCGUUAUAGGAUGAUGCAGGUGGAAUCGUUUUAUCCGUUUCAAAGAUCUGACUGAGUGAGAGUGUGUGGGAUGUGGGGUGUGAGAGACAGAGAGACUGCAAGAUAAAUCAUGUUUGAGGAAGAGAGAGAUUUCUGAGAGAAAGUGAAAGAGUGAGAGUGAGAGAGAGUGAAAGAGGCAGAGUGUGUGUGAGAGAGAGAAAGAGAGAGAAGAUGAGGAGACUCCUCCAGGACACUCCUCUGCGUUGCGUGGUAAAACUCUGGUCUCAGUCCUGCCUGGAGUUCUCUCUUCUCUAAGACCUUCCUGCUCCUCUCAGCUGGUUUCCUCUUCAUGAAGACCACUGACAUUGGUGAUGUGAUGAAUAAAUUUGAAGUCCUUGGCAUUGUAGGUGAAGGCCUUGUAGCUGCUGUGCCCAUGAAACCCUUCCAGAAACCACUGCCAAACGGACAACAUCACACUCGUUGACCUUUUCCAUUUACACGACUGGCUCUUCAUCCAUUCCUUUUAGAUUCAUAAAUGGAGUUUUGGAAAUGAUGUCUUCAUCUCUUGAGCUACGCACUUUUACUUUCGUGAGCCUAUGGAGUAGUCCUGAAGUGCAGGCACAAGGAGACCAAUGAGCUGGUGGCCAUAAAGAAGUUUAAAGACAGUGAGGAGAAUGAGGAGGUUAAAGAGACCACGCUGAGGGAGCUGAAGAUGCUGCGGACGCUGAAACAGGAGAACAUCGUGGAACUCAAAGAGGCUUUCAGGAGGAGAGGGAAACUCUACCUGGUCUUUGAAUAUGUAGAGAGGAACAUGCUGGAGUUGCUGGAGGAACUGCCUAACGGAGCACCACCUGACAAAGCCAGGGCCUACAUCUACCAGCUGAUCAAAGCUAUCCACUGGUGCCAUAAGAAUGAAAUCGUACACAGAGACAUCAAGCCUGAAAACCUCCUCAUCAGCUCUGAGGAUGUUCUCAAACUCUGUGAUUUUGGCUUUGCCCGCAACCUGUCAGAGGGAAGUGAUGCCAACUACACUGAGUAUGUUGCCACUAGGUGGUACCGCUCUCCUGAGCUACUGCUGGGGGCCCCCUAUGGUAAGGCUGUAGACAUGUGGUCAGUGGGUUGUAUUCUGGGGGAGCUGAGUGAUGGUCAGCCUCUGUUCCCAGGGGAGAGUGAGAUAGAUCAACUCUUUACCAUCCAGAAGGUCCUGGGUCCUCUACCUGCUGAACAGAUGAAGCUCUUCUACAACAACCCUCGCUUCCAUGGACUACGGCAGUUCCCCUCAGUGAAUCACCCUACAUCCCUGGAGCGGAGGUACCUGGCCAUCCUGAGUGGCCUCAUGCUGGAUCUGAUGAAGAACCUGUUGUUGCUGGUCCCUUCUGACCGCUACCUGACAGAACAGAGUCUGAACCACCCAGCCUUCCAGCCCCUCCGCCUCCUGGAGCAGCCCGCCCCAGCACCACCCUCCCCUAACCCCCCACGCUCCUCCAAGAGGAAGCCCCACAGCCACAUGGAGAACACUGUGCCCACCAGAAGCCACGGCAGUAAGAGCUCGGGUCACCGUCACUCUAACAGUAAGGAAUGUUCCAGCCUACCUCGCCAUGGCGACCUUCACCUAGGCAACGACAGCUUCCUGAACGGCAACAAGCCUGUGUCGUCCAGCCUGAGCCCCACCCUCCACCCCAAGGCUUACAUGACCCAGACCCUCAACCGCUCCAUCCCCUGUAGUAAGGACUUGGUCAACAACAACAUGCCACACCUGCUCAGCCCCAAGGACACCAAGGGCACGACACAGUUUGACUUCAACCUGGUUGGUGUUGGGCCCCCAGGGGCCAAGGUUCCUGACCAGCAGGGCCCUGGAGCCAUGUACGUGAAGUCCACCUCCCGCUCUCAGCUGCAGCAACAGCAAGUAGGGCAGGGACGACACUCUUCCUUUCUGGAGGGCAAGACCAAUACCAUGGAGAAACAACAUGGCCGCCAUGGUGGACACAAUGUAGACUCCACCCACAGCUCCUCCAAGAGUUCCAGCUCCUACCUGAGCCUGUCCAAGAGCCACAGCGCCCUGAGCAACAAUGCCAAGUCUGUGGGUGGUAACCUUGGAGAUGGGGUGAGGGGCGUGCACCCCGAUGACCCUACGGCAACCCCUGGAAUCUCCGCCCGCUUCUUCCCUGCCAGCUGCCUGGACCUGAACCUCAAUGCCCCCCCUGGAAGUCCCCAGGUCCCCCGCCACAGCGAACGCCACACUUCUGGCCACGCCCCCCCUGGAAGUCCCCAGGUCCCCCGCCACAGCGAACGACACUCUUCUGGCCACGCCCCCCCUGGAAGUCCCCAGGCCCCCCGCCACAGCGAACGCCACACUUCUGGCCACGCCCCACCUGGAAGUCCCCAGGCCCCCCGCCACAGCGAACGCCACUCUUCUGGCCACACAUCCAGCCACACCGGCCACUCCUCUGGCCACAGCCCCUCGUCCCGCGGCAACAACCCCCGCCUGGAGAGCUCCACCCUAGACUCAUCCUGCCGACGCCUCUCCUCUUCCAGACACAAAGCUCCAGAGGAGGCCUUGGCCCCGGGCCCGGAGCUUCUUGACCCAGGAGGAGAAGGGGAUGGUGGGGGGAACCACGGAGCUCACACCCUGGCCUCCCCCCAUGAGUCCUACCCCUACGGCCUGGGCUACACCAGUCCCUUCUCUUCCCAGCAGAGGCCUCACCGCCACUCCAUGUACGUGAGGAGGAGUGAGCGCCACAGGUCCCACGUAGGUGGGGGUGGAGGGGGUAGUGAGGGGGGCUUAAUGGUGGGCCAGGGGUUGCCCACCAGGGCUAGCAGUCUGCAGAUGCUCUCCCCUCAGCUUCAGCACCGCACCCUCACCAGACACUCCGUAGGACACUCUGUUGGAUCGUCCAGAGAGGACUGCACUGAAGACACCACCAGGAGUGAGCCGUCUUCUAAAGAGGUGGUGACCUCUCACCCCCGACCCCAGAUUAAAGACUCCACGCGGGACAACCCGGCCUCCUUUCACUCACAACGCCCUGCUAAGAACGAGGUACCAGUGGGGAUGUACCAUGAGCCCCACCCCGAGGACCCAGUCUCCUCCAAGGAGAACCGCAUGAUCUUCAGUGACUCCAUGCCCAGGCGGGUAGGAAGCUUCUACAGAGUGCCCUCUCCCAGGCCAGACAACUCCUCUUCCUUCCAUGAUGUUGGGGCUCAGAGGGAGAGCAGAGGACCGCCGGUGCCAGGCGACCCAGGUGUCAUGAACAACCACUCCAAACGCCAGACUGCCUUUGACUGGAGUACUGCAGAGGCAAUGGUGAUGAACCAACCAGAGCCGGCCAAAGAGAAGGAGAAACAGGGCUUCUUCAGAUCGAUGAAGAAGAAGAAGAAGAAACCGACCAAUACCACAGACAGAGUCGACGAUGGAAGGAACCCCAGCAUCAAGAAGGCCCUUUUCCCUCUGUUUAACUCAAAGAAUAGCUUAAAGCAUAACUCCUCUCAGAAAGCUCUUCCUGUAGUGCCCUCGCCCAUGCUGCAGCAUCAGUCUACCGCACCCUACUCUACCUCACCAGUUCCUGGUGAUGGCCAGGACAACCUGUUUAUCCAGAAGGGGGCCAAGUCCUCGUCCUCGUCUUCCUCUCACCACGGCAGCCGGAGGAGGAACCGCGAACGCUCCCGGGAUAAGGAUCGUGAACGCGAGCAGAGCCGAGAUCGCGACAGAGAAAGAGAGCGAGAGAGGGAGAGAGGGAGACAGAGAGAGAGAGUCAGUGACUGGCCUCAGGAGAAACAGAACCAACCCCUGAAGUCCCUACGCAGGCUCCUGCACCUCUCCCCCUCCUCCUCUUCCAGCCAACCCCCUCCUCCUUCCGACCUGCGAUUCCAGCACCUCCCCAACCCCCCCACCUCCUCCUCUAAAGGGGGAGUCUUCGGUGACGGUAGAUCCCACCAGGGACACCCUAGCAGCAGCAGCUCCAGCUCUGGUCAGUCUAAGAGCCACCGGAAGCAGAGUUACCCCCUCCCGGGGCAGAUACAGGGGCAGAUUGAGUCCAACUGGCACGCGGCGGCCCUCGCCAGGGCAGAGGGGGCUCAGCCGUACCCCGACCAAAUGGUCGCCAACGGGCCCACCUUUACCAGACCAUCAAGGUCACGGAUGCCAAACCUCAACGACCUGAAAGAGACAGCCCUGUGAGGAGAACAUGGAAUUAGAAUUCUACCCUCCCAUUGACUUGAAUGUCCAUUCUAGGGAAAAACAUGUCUGUGGAGGAGACGUCUCUCUGCCCUCAAGGGUCGUCAUGUUGAUUAGGCACCAAACGGAAGAAAACAGACUGAAGCAGGGAGGGACAAGAUGGACUAUUGUCCAAUAAGAAACGCUUAUUUUUUUGUGGUGCGUUGCGAAGCGUUUUAAAACGUUUUCAAUUGUGUGCCCUAAUGAAUAGGACUCUGGGCUCUCACUACUGCCGCCUGCUGGCCGCCAGACGCACCUAGGACUGAAGAGAUUGGAAGGUUAUCUCUCUAAGUUCAGGACUAUAUGACUGACUGGCCGUAAAAAUCUGACCUUUUUUGAUGCUUCAAACAUUUGAUAAAAUUUGUAUUGAUAUUAUAUUAUAUUAUUCAUGAAAUUCAUUUUAUUUGAUUUAAAUUAAAUGACUUUAUUUAACGAUAUGUAGGCCUAAAUGGAGAUUUAAUAAGUAUUGUAGAAUGAAUAAUUGUGUAAUAUUGCAAGAGCUUGAAAAAGAAAUGUAAAAAAGAUUAUGAGAUUCUAACUAUAUAUAAUAAUAAUUCAAUAUUUCAUCCAAAAUAUUUAAUUGUGGAGGUUUUUCAGAAUUUCUAUUUAUUGUUGUUACAGUAUAGCCUGUUUGUUCUGUCCGUUUACUUUGUCUCUUUAAUGUAUUUAUUUGAUCUGAUUUGACACAAAGUUAUGGAGAUAUAUGUACGACAGAUGGACAAAGACAAAUUAUAUAAUAUUAUAAUGUAUGAUAAAAGAAUGAGAUACCUA